AUGAUCCAUGAUGCACAGCUGGACUACUAUGGGAAACGGCUAGCGACGUGUUCGUCUGACCGGACAGUGAAGGUGUUUGAUGUUGUGGACGGCGAGACGCAGCGGAGCACCGGACACACUCUCAAAGGCCACACCGGUCCUGUGUGGCAAGUCGCUUGGGCGCACCCAAAGUUUGGCCAGAUUCUCGCGUCAUGUUCGUACGAUGGCAAGGUCAUCAUCUGGAAGGAGCAGCAGGCGCAGGGUCCUGGCGCGGCCGCGGGCGGUUGGGCGAAGAUCAAAGAGCACACCCUCCACAGAGCUUCGGUGAACUCCGUUUCUUGGGCACCCCACGAGCUCGGGGCCAUCCUCGCAUGCGCGUCCUCCGACGGUCGCGUCUCUGUCCUUACCUUCAAAAACGACGGCACUUGGGGCGCAGACGUCUUCGAAGCCCACGCAAUCGGCUGCAACGCCGUCUCCUGGGCGCCCGCCGUACAGCCAGGCUCGCUCAUCGUCCCGCAGGCGAACAACACCGUCCCCGGCCAGCAGCCCGCGGCGGUGCAGUCCGUGAAGCGCUUCGCGUCCGCCGGCUGCGACAACCUCGUCAAGCUGUGGGGCUUCCGGGACGACAAGCAGGAAUGGGAGGAGGAGGACGUGCUCGAAGGCCACACCGACUGGGUGCGCGACGUCGCUUGGGCACCGAAUAUCGGCCUCCCCCGGAGCUACAUCGCGACCGCGUCGCAGGACAAGACGGUGCUUAUCUGGUCAAAAGACACCCCAACGGCGCCGUGGACGAAGACCGCGCUCGACCCGUCCGCGUCGGUGGCGCCGGCGGCGGCCGCGCCUGCGCCCGCAGGCAGGUUCCCGGACGUUGUCUGGCGCGUCUCCUGGUCGCUCGCGGGCAACAUCCUCGCGGUCAGCUGCGGGGACGGGAAGGUCACGCUGUGGAAGGAAAACCUCAAGGGCGUGUGGGAAUGCGUGAGCGACAUGACGAGCUAG